AUGCUGCAGGACUGCCCGAAGGCCCGCAGGGAAGUGGAGCUGCACUGGAGGGCAUCGCAGUGCGCACACAUCGUCCGCAUCAUGGACGUCUACGAGAACCUCUACCAGGGGAGGAAGUGUCUGCUCAUCGUCAUGGAGUGCUUGGAUGGUGGGGAGCUCUUCAGCCGGAUUCAAGACAGGGGAGACCAGGCCUUCACAGAACGGGAGGCUUCAGAGAUAAUGAAGAGCAUUGGGGAAGCCAUCCAGUACCUGCACUCGAUCAACAUUGCGCACCGGGACGUGAAGCCGGAAAACCUCUUGUACACCUCCAAAAGGCCCAAUGCUGUGCUAAAACUCACGGACUUUGGCUUUGCUAAAGAAACCACCACGCACAACUCCUUGGCCACUCCGUGCUACACGCCGUACUAUGUGGCCCCAGAGGUGCUGGGCCCGGAGAAGUACGACAAAUCCUGCGACAUGUGGUCCCUCGGUGUCAUCAUGUACAUUCUGCUGUGUGGGUACCCCCCCUUCUACUCCAACCACGGCCUGGCCAUCUCACCCGGGAUGAAGAAGCGAAUCCGAAUGGGCCAGUACGAGUUUCCCAACCCCGAAUGGUCCGAAGUGUCGGAGGAAGUUAAGCAGCUGAUCCGCAACCUGCUGAAGACAGACCCGACCCAGCGCAUGACGAUAACGGAGUUCAUGAACCACCCCUGGAUCAUGCAAUCCAUGCAGGUGCCCCAGCCCCCGCUGCACACCAGCCGCGUGCUGAAAGAGGAGAAGGAUCUGUGGGAAGACGUGAAGGUAAAACCUCUCUCCAUUCUUGCAACGCUCCGUGCCCGGGUGCCUCUGCGGACU